AUGUCUCCUCUCAUGGCACAGUAUGGUUAUGAGGCCCCCAGCUUUGUUGAUUUGAUGUUUGGUGAUAGCAAAGCCCCUCAAGCUAGGGACGUGGUGCAACAGUGUCAGGAUAUUUUGAAGGCUUUGAAAAACAACCUCCAGAUUGCACAGAACCAGCAGAGGAUGUACGCUGAUCAGCAGCGUGUAGAGCGUUCAUUCGAGGUUGGAGACAUGGUCUAUCUUAGACUUCAAUCUUUCAGACAGUCUACUCUCAAGAAGGUUGGAGUAGAGAAACUGAAGCCACGUUUCUAUGGGCCAUUCAGAGUCAUCAUGAGAGUUGAUGUCGUGGCUUACAAGUUGGAGGUAUCAGCGAGUAGCAAGGUGCAUAAUGUUUUCCAUGUGUCACGCCUCAAGAAGGUGCUUGGACACAAUGUUGUGGUCUCUUCAGAUUUACCUCCCUUGGAUGAGGAAGGACAGUUGGUAUUUAUUCUGAAGGAGAUCAUUGAUUCACGAGAACACUCUUUGAGGAGAAGGACAAUCAAAGAGUAUUUGGUGAAGUGGAAGAGCUUACCUGUAGAGGAUGCUACUUGGGAGAAUGACAAGAAUUUGCAGCAUCCUAGCUUGUGGUUGCUUGAGGACAAGCAAUCUUGGGGAGGGCGGACUGUAAUAUCCCCUUCUCGGCGGUAA